AGUCACGAGCAGCCUGCAGGUCGAGCCGACCAGCGAACCCGGACCCGUGGUCAGUCUCCAGCUGGCUGUCGUUCGGAACUAACGUGUGUUUUUGACUCGUUUUUAAGUGGCCACUUUGGGUAGGCCAUUGUGGUGUAUUGUUUGGCUGUGGAUAUUCAACGGACCGUUUGGCGCGUUUGGCUGCCCAAAUUUUGGCACGUGUGUCCCAUUUGGUGUUUUUGCCUACUUGUUGGUUGAGAGUGAGAGUUGCCAGUAGAAUACCUGCGGAAGUACCUGCUUUGAAACAGCUUAUAGUUCAAAGUGGACUGAAGUGACCUCUGGGUUUACCAAGUUGGGACUCAACCCUGGUUGAGCAUGGUCUUCAAAUUGAUAGUUGUGCCAGGUGUAUAAUCUUCGUGAAGGAGCCCGAAAAAAACUCCAAGUUUGUUUAUGCAUCAAUGAGUGGAUCCAUGUGAAACCUCCAAAACGUCCAAACGGACUCACGUCCAGCGACAACCCCGUAGAAAGUUACUGUUUUUUGUCGCUAAUCAGUUCAACCUGGAGAAGGUAGUUAAAAGUUCGUGGGACGUGAAAUGUGCAACGGUUAGCGAGGAGUGUUGAAUGUAGAUGAAUUAAUUUAUGACCGCGAAACGACUGCCGUGAAUUGUUCAACUAAUUUAGUCGACGACAACGUCGGACUUCGGUAAAUCUAAAGGAUUUGUACCAGGAUGGCGGAGGAUGGGGCAACGAUGGAGCCCGAGUGGAAGAUUACGAUGGCAGCGCUGAAACAGACACUGCUCUCCAUUUCCGUGUCGCUGUCCUACUUUUGCAUUGGCCUCGUCCGAGGUUACUCCGCUCCGGCGGUUCCGUCCAUGCACGAAGUCAACCCUGGCCUGCUGCCGGACAAGAACAUCGCUUCGUGGGUCAGCUCGAUUCCGCCGUUCGGGGCGUUCUUCGGCAGCUUGGUUGCGUUUCCGCUGAUGCACAAGAUUGGCCGCAAGUACACGGUGAUGCUGACCUCGCCCGUUUGGGUGACCUCGUGGAUCCUGAUUGCGACCGCCGACCACUGGAAGGUUCUGCUGAUGGCCCGAAUGCUGUCCGGAUUCGGCGCUGGCCUGACGCUUCCGUCGGCGCAGAUCUACGUGAGUGAGUGUAGCGAUCCGAAGAUAAGGGGGGUUAUUGGAUCGCUUCCUUCGUUGUCGAUGUCGGCGGGGAUCUUGGUGAUGUAUGUGCUCGGGAAGUACCUCGAGUGGCGGAUAUUGGCGUGGGUUUGCUGUGGAAUCGCUUGCUUUCUGUUUGUCGCGGUCAUCUGCUUUCCUCAAUCUCCAGUGUGGUUGAAGACGAAGAAGCGAUACGAGAAAGCUCACAACUCUGCAAAGUGGCUGCAUCUACAGGGAUUCACCUUUGAUCCCAAAGCUCAAGAGAUUCAGAAGGCCGUCGGAAAUGGUCAUGCAGUAGAGAAACAAGAAAGUCCGUUCUCCAAGUCAGCCCUCUUCCGUCGAGAGGUCCUGUUGCCGCUGGGUAUCGGACUGGCACUACUCUCGAUCCAGCAACUCAGUGGAAUCGACGCAGUAAUCUUCUUCACGGUGGAAAUCUUCCGUUCGGCGGGUAGCUCUAUGGAUGGUCAUUUGGCCACCAUCAUCGUGGGGGCCGUCCAGGUGGCCAGUAAUUUCUCCUCCCUAUUCGUGGUCGAUCGAGCCGGUCGUAAGCCACUGUUGAUCACCUCCGGCGUGAUCAUGUCCCUGGCGAUGGCUUCCAUGGGAGGGGCUUUCCACCUCAACUCCAUUGGAAAUACUUGCUUUGGCUAUCUCCCCCUAGUGAGUUUGAUCAUCUUCAUGAUUGGAUUCUCCGUCGGCUUCGGUUGCAUUCCGUUCCUCCUAAUGGGCGAACUGUUCCCGACGGCCCAGCGAAGUCUGCUGAGUUCCCUCGCCGGAUCGUUCAAUCUGGCGGUGAUGUUCGCCGUCAUCAAAACUUAUCAUCCCCUUGAAGAUGCCAUCACAACGUCCGGAACGUUCUGGAUGUACAGUGUGCUGUGCGCAAUCGGGGUGAUCUUUGUGAUAGCUUGCGUGCCGGAAACCAAGGGCCGUGAUCUGGAGAGCAUACACAAGCUGUUCGAGAAGCGGGACGGCAGCAGUGGGGGAGACCACGUGGAGGCAGCGGUUCCGACGGCGACCACGACGGCGGCAAGCAAGCUGGGACACGUAAAUACCGCCAUGAGUACGGCGGAUGAGAUUGUGUCCUGCGAUAAGGUGGACACCAAGUUGUAGGGGAAAUAGAUUGUUUUAAUUUAA